AUGCACCGUGUGCUGCCACUGCCGAUGCAUGGCCGGCGGCCACAGCUCCAGCCCGAGGAGCCUCAAGUGUUCGACGACGACAAGCAGGUAGGGCCGCCCUCCGGCGACCAACGACAGGCCACGGCGUCAUCCAGAUCCGGUGGGACGUUAGCUGUCAAGAGUGGGCUCGUACAUACGUCGCGCGACAAUUUCGCCGUCCUCGUGCACGUCCAGGCUCGCGGGAUGACGGAUGGCGAAGCGGCGUCCGGCGACGCGCCUCUCGACCUCGUGACAGUGCUGGACGUCAGCGGCAGCAUGACCGGGGCAAAGCUCGCGCUCCUGAAGCAGGCCGUGGGGUUCGUCAUCGACAACCUCAGGCCCCAGGACCGCCUCAGCGUUGUGUCCAUCUCCUCCGGGGGGCGCCGUGUCACCAGGCUCUUGCGGAUGUCGGGCACCGGGAAGGCUACGACCAAGAGGGGCUCCAACAUCGCUGAAGGGCUCCGCACGGCGGCCAAGGUGCUCGUCGACCGCCGGCGCAGGAACACCAUGUCCAGCGUCAUACUCCUCUCCGACGGCCGGCCAGGACACCAACACCCCGUGAAAGUAACGGACGGCGAGACUGCUCUGACCAAGGUGAGCUGCAGUUACCGAGACACGGAUGGAGGCGCGCACGUCGACGUGACGGCGGAGGACACGGUGGUGGCGAGACCGGAACCGGAGCAUGUGGUGGACGCGGAACGCUCAACGGAGGUGGAGCGGGAGCGCGUCCGUGUGGAGGCGACCGAGGACAACGCUGCGGCGAGGGCGGCGGCGGAGCGGGGCGCGCACCAGGAGGCGGUGGAGAUACUCGAGAGCAGGCAAUGA